AUGGCCACGACCCAGACACCGAGUCAGAAGGCCGUUCUCCAGAAGUACUACCGCGACCUCAUCUCGGGCAGCCACAUUCUCCAUUACCACAAUGUCGUGGAUGCCUUUGGCCAUCUCUCGUUCCGACACCCCUUCGACCCGCGGGUCUUUGUCAUGUCUCGCAACGCCGCACCAGGAACCAUAUCCUCGCCCGAGGAUCUGAUCGAAUACUACGUCGAGGACGCCCAGCCGGUCGAUCCCAAGGCCCCGCUGGGGUUUCUGGAGCGCUGCAUUCACAGCGAAUGCUACAAACGCUACCCGGGCAUUCAGAGUGUCAUUCACAGCCACUCCGAGGCCGUGGUCCCGUACACGAUCAGUGGUGUCCCCCUCCGCGCAUGCUACCAUAUGGCCGGCUUUCUCGGUACCAGCGUGCCCGUCUGGGAUAUCGCAGAGGCGCAGCAAGCGGACGACAUCAGCGAUCUGCUCGUCCGCAACACUCGCCUAGGAAGUUCUCUUGCCGAAUCUUUUGCUGCCGGCGGUGUGGGAGGAGACAUGCCAAAGUACGUUGUGGCGUUGAUGCGAGGUCAUGGUUUUACUGUCCUCGCCGGAAGUAUCCAAGAUUGUGUGAUGAGGGCCGUCUACACGCAGAAGAACGCCAUGAUCCAGACCACGGCGUUGCUGACGCGGGCUGCAAGUGGCUCUCUUAAUGGCAGUAUUAGCUUCCUCAGUCAGAAGGAGGUGGAUGAUACGACCUGGUCGAUCCGAGAGUCUGCUCAUCGACCCUGGAGGCUUUGGCUGCGCGAGGUGGAAGCUUCCAGCCUCUAUGCCAACUCUGCAUGA